CAAACCAAGACUACAAGACAAGUUUCGAAGCUCAUAAAAUAUUGAUGGAUUUCUCCGAUCUCAAAGGAUAUUCAGCCUCAUAAACUGGCACAAUGAUUCUUGAUAUAUCGGCGGUCAUUCUGGAUAUAAUUUUAAACUAUAAUUACUUACAGCUCGGAGAUGACCAGAUGUUGAAUCAAUCACAGAAAAAAUAUUCCAAAAAAUAAAUCUAUUUAAUUUUGAGUGAUUGUCAACUUUAGUCUCAUACAUGAGUUAUAAAUAUACAUUAUCAUGCCCACUCACAGUGCAGCUGCUACAUGAAUAGUAUAUGCCUAUAUGGCAUACUCAACAUUGAAAUUUAUAAUUGGAGUACAUACUCAAUACAGCCAAGCCAAGCAUAACGAAGAAGUACAGUGAAUGCGGAUUACAGUACUAUUUGAUUGAUACACAUAUAGGGCCCAGAGAUGACGGCAUUCUUUAUGAUGUGGACCUAUAUAAUAUUAUCCACCUGUUUCUCAACAGAAUGUAUCACAGAUGGUGCGUCAAUACCAUUGGGAGCCACUCAAACAUCCAUUACCAUGGCAACAAGAAACAUACCAAGACAAGACUCAACUCUGGUUACGAGUAUAGAUGGCAGCUUAGUGUUGGAUGAAACACAAAUGUCAGGAAUUGUCCCAGAGAUCAGCCCGUCCAAACAAUCUACACAAUUACCAGUGAUCUCAGAGAUAUCAUCAACUUUUCAAGUUUCAGAAAAGAAUUUUUCUACAAAUACACUACAAAGCAGCUACUCAAGUAGUUUAAUUGUUGCUAUGGCAACAGAAGGUGUUAACACCAUACAUGUCAGCGAAACUCCUGUCUUGGAUACAGGUCAGGUCACAAUCUCAACAGGGUUAGAAAAUUCCAUCCAGCCAAUCAUGACAUCAGUGUCAACACUAGUAGAGACAUCUAUGCCCAUCCUGCCAAAUACUGUUGAGAUAACUUCUCAAGCCACAAUACUCACAGGGUCUGAAUUUAAUUCAGGAAUAUUAACAAUUGAUUCAAGUGAUCAACUUGUAAACAGUGCCAUAUCUGAAACACUAAUAAACAGUUCCCCUUCAGUAGUACAACAGAUAUCAACUUUGACGGACUCUCCAAGCCAAAAAUCGUCAGAAAAGGUGCAUUAUUCUUCCAUAUAUUUAGAUUUAUUAUCAACAGAAUUAUCCAUCCAACCAACAAGAACAUUUCCCUCUGGUGUUUUGAGCACACCUCAUGUAUCAAAUAUUGAGAAUUCUACAUUGACAAGUAUUGAUAUAGAAUCUAGAUUAGAAUCAAUUAGUUCAGCACUGACUUCGAUAUCGUCAAGGAUGAAUUCAACAGUAAUCGGACCAGUUGAAUCAGUAUCUGCCUUAACUGUGGUACCCUCCACCUUAGAUGUAAAUAUCAUACCUACAAUAAUGUCAAACAAUUCUUUGAUAAUGACUGGAGUUUUACCAUCAAUUUUUAAUACACUAGUGAUCUUACCCAGUUCAACUAUUCACCCUUUGGACAUAUCAAGCCCUGCUAGUACUCUAAUAUCAGAGACCGAGUCAUUAGAAGGAUCAUUUGGAUCAGCCUCCCAAUCCUUAGCUGUCACAUCAUCAACUCUACCAUUAGGUUCAACACACUCAAGGUUUAGACGAUCAGCUUCCGCAUUCUCAGAACCUUCUAUAUCUUUGGAGGGUCUAGCCUCAUUAUUUUCAAGCAUAUUGGAGACAUUACCCAAAAUUGAACCAUCCAUAGACUUUACACCUACGGUUAUAUCAACCAAUGAGACAGCUUUGUCUGAAGUAAUCCUGCCAUCUUCAACUUUUAUAAAUAGAACAGGUGCCGGUAUUAGCAUAACUGAGUCUAUAGCACCCAGCCAGACAAGCAUGCUUAUAAACACUAUACAAAUGACUACGCCGCCAUUAGUAAACAGCAAUAUCUCAUCAUCUAUGCCAAGUACAACUGCAUUGGUUUCAAAUAUAGGGACGAACAAAUCAGAUGCUACAAUUUCAACAGUAUUACCAACUACAUUAGAGCCUAUUCCUACAGUUGUUCUCACAGACAGUGUUAUAGGUACUCCAUCUGGGAAUGGCUCAGGGAUUGUUUCCAUGACAACUGUCAUAUCAACCUUAGUGACAUCUAUAGGAUUAAACAAUCUGACUGCCUCAGUUGAAAUGAUACCAACAGCAAGCAUUGAAAGUACUUCUAUGAUACCAACUGAUUCCAAUAUUAUUGCAUCAUCCAAUAUGAUGUCUUCGUCAACAAAUCUGUUAAGUGAACUAUCACCAAGUUUAAUCAUACCAUCGACAAUAUUGGAAAAUACCACUCCCUCAAGUAUUUUUAUAACCACACAGUCAAUGGUAGUGGAGAAUUCCACAACAGUGUCAGAUAAUGGGACAAAGGAUCCAACAACCCAGCCACCAGUCAACCUGACCACAGAUUCAUUCAUCAAUGUGACAACUGAAGUCCCAAAUAAUAUGACGAAUGAUACACUAACUCCCAUGACCACUGAAGCUCCCUCUAAUGUGACAACUGAAACUCCAACUAAUGUGACAACUGAAACUCCA